AUGGAUUUUUUAAUAUUCAUAGUCGUCUUCUAUGGAUAUAUUUAAGAAAUUGCUGUAGUAAUUUUGCCCAUAACAACUGUGUUAACAAUAAUUACAUUUGGGAUGCAACUUUAUACUUAUUGUAAAAAUAAAAGUCGGGAAAAAUUGAAUGAACACAUAGAUGUGUAAGGUGAUGCUGUACUAAAUUUGUUUCCAGAAGAAUAUAAGCCGUUAUUAAAUAAUUAGGAAGAUGUAAGAAAGAUAGAUUAAAACGGAUAGAAAGGUUCUUAGUAAGAUGAACUAGCAAAUCGGUAAUAGAUGGUAAUUCACAUAAAUCCUUAACAAGAAUAAAACAAACAAAUAGAAAAAUAAAACGGGGACAAGUUAAUUGAAAUAAUAUAAAAUGAUAAAGAGCUAGAUGAAAAAUUAUAACACUUUAGAAAAGAUUUUGAUGAAAAGCUGAAAACACAAAAAAAUGAGGUUGAGGAAAAAAUAUAAAAUCAAAAUUUAGAUAUUGAUGAAAAAAUUUCCAAAUAAAUGAUCGAUGCAAAAGCUUAAAUAUAAAAUAUUGAUGAAAAAUUGAAAAAUAUUGAUAAAUUAAGAGAUUGCAAAUCAAUGUAUGACUAAAUAGAAAAUAUAAAAAUUUCAAUUAAAAAAUAUGAGACUAAAUAUGAAGAAAACUUCGAAGCAUUUAAAAACAAUUUUAUGGCUCUUUAUUAAAACAACUAAGAAAAUUAGAAAAAGGUUAGAGAUACCCUUAUAUAACUUUAUGAAUAAACAAAUAAAAAAAGGUAAGUGGAAAAUCAAUACAAAUACUAUGUAAGGCAAGUUUAGGAUAAAUCAGAUCUAAAAAGGAACUAUAGUUUAACAGUUUAAUCAGCCGGUGAUAUAGCAUAGUAUUGUAAUGCAUUUAGAGAAGUUAGAGGUGAUGGUAAUUGUUUCUACACAGCUUUUGGAUAUUAAUUCUUACACAUUUUACUAUUUCAUUAUUCUUUUGAAUAAUUUCUUAAAUUUAUUGAGAUGAUUAAAAAAAUUGAGUUACCGAUGAAAAUACUGACUGAGCAGCAAGAUGCAAACAUUGAUGAUAAGGAAAUAGAAAAAUUAAUGUUAUAAGAAUUUCUUUUCAGAUUAAUUAAAUUAAAGUCAAUUACAGAUAUUCCUACAAGAUCAGAAACAUUUCUGAAAUAAUUUGCAGCCUAUGAAUACGAAUCAGAUGAAGUUGAUAGUUGUUUAUAUGGACUAUCAACUAUAUUCUUUAGAAAUUAUUCAAAUUAUGUUAUUGAAAACAGUGAGAUAAAAGAUGCAAUUGAUGACAAAAUAAAUUUAUUAAGAUGGGAAAUGGAGUGUAAUAAUAAUGAGCUUGUUAUUUCAGAAUUAGCUAAAAGUUUGGAUAUAUUUGUGCAACUAUUAUUUUUUGAAAAUAAAGUAUUUUAGAAUCGGGAAUAUGGAAAUAGAGAUAAGUAGAAAAUUAUAUUAUUAAUAAAACCUGGUCAUUAUAAUAUUGGAUUAUUGUUGGAAGAAACACAAAGCGACAAAUUAAUUAAGAAAAGUAACGCACUUAAAAAUGAAUCUUAUGCAAUAAUUAACUAGUCUAAAGAAUACUUAGAAAAUUAUUAAUAAUACAUCUAAGAAUCAUCAAGUUUAUAAGUCAUAGUCACAAAUUUAUUAGACUAAUUGUAAAAGGGAUAAUUAUCUGAAAUAGAAGUGCGCAAACUUAAAGAAGGAUUAUCAGAAAAUUAAUAUUGAAUAGCAUAUCAAAACAUAAAUAUUCAUUACAUUAAUAUAAU